AUGACGCCGCGCGUGGAAGCGGGCGAGAAUGGAGACCGGGAGGGCCUCUUGGGCGCGACGCGGAUGAAACAAACCAUUCAGCAGGCUCAAACGUGGGGGAACUCUCGUCCCGGUCUACGCAAAGGGCCCGUUUCCGCCGAGGCUGGUUCUAGAAUGCCGGGGCGGAUUCCCGUCGCGGUUAAGCAGAAGGAAGCAUGGAGCCGAUGCCGUAUCGCGAUCAUGGCUGGUAUACUUCCGUGGUUGCGUUCGAGGAGACCCCGUCGGGAGAGGAGAGCGACUCGAAGACUCCGGCACCGGUCCAUGAGAGCAGCGUCGAGUCUUCCAUGGCGUAUCCAUCCGGCUAGUUCCUUCGUCGAGUGCCCUGGAGCUCGGGAGUCCUUCUCUUCUGCUCGUCUCGCCCCCGUUCUAUUCCCAGCGACGCGACGCCGCACUAUCGCCAUCCUAUUUAUCGAUAGGCCGCACGGGGGAAUCCUCGAUCCUCCACCCCAGCAGAGAGGGAGUAUCCCCAUCGACCCCUCGACCGGGGGAUCCUCGCGACUAUCCAUCUCCCCUAUCUCCAUUCUGAGCACCCAAUAUAUCAGAUUCGUGGAGAGACGAGGGGCCAAGCCCGUCAUCACCCAUCACAUCCAUGGCGUCAAGCGAUGGGGCUGCUGA